AUUCUUGCCUCACUAGGUCAACAAAUUGUCGCCGGAGAAAAUUGAGAAAGCUAUUAUACAAAAAUGGCAGCGAUAGCCGUUGGUGACAUUAUUCCCGAUGGAACUGUAUCUUACUUCGACGAGCAAGAUCAGUUGCAGAGCGUUUCCGUACACUCUCUUGCUCAGGGCAAGAAGGUCGUUCUCUUCGCCGUUCCCGGAGCUUUCACUCCCACUUGCAGCACGAAGCAUGUGCCUGGGUUUAUUGAGAAGGCUGACGAGUUGAAAUCUAAAGGCGUGGACGAAAUUCUCUGCAUUAGCGUUAAUGACCCCUUUGUGAUGAAGGCCUGGGCAAAAACAUACCCGGAUAACAAACAUGUUAAAUUCCUUGCCGAUGGAGCUGGAAAAUACACUCAUGCUCUCGGGCUUGAGCUAGACCUGUCUGAAAAGGGGCUUGGUGUUCGAUCUCGAAGGUAUGCUCUUUUGGUUGAGGACCUCAAGGUGAAAGCGGCUAACAUUGAAUCUGGAGGGGAGUUCACCGUCUCCGGUGCUGAUGAAAUCCUCAAGGCUCUUUAAGGUUCAUCAUUGCCUUCCGUGUGUUUUUGGCUGUAUUUACAUAUCUUCUGGAAUGUAAUGCCAACAAUAUUUUGAAAUAUAAGUACUCUGGUUCUAUUCCACAAUAUCAAAGUUUGUAUGAAGAAUGCUUUAAUAUGGUAAUAAAAAACUUCUUGCUGCUCGGAUUACUUGCUC